GAGGGCGUCAAAAAACUCUAUUUGCAGCGGUACCUUGGGAAUAUUUAGGGUUUUAUAAUGCAAAAUACUGCUUAUUAAGUUGGCUGCGAUUUAACUUCCUUUCCCGUGUUAGCUGUGAAUGAAAAAACAUGCCGCUAGCAAAAGAUUUAUUGCACCCUCUGCCCGCUGAGGAGAAGCGCAAGCACAAGCUAAAGCGCCUGGUCCAGCACCCCAACUCCUACUUCAUGGACGUCAAGUGCCCUGGAUGCUACAGAAUUACAACUGUGUUCAGUCACGCACAGGGCGUUGUGGUCUGCGCAGGUUGCGCCACCAUUCUAUGCCAGCCUACUGGAGGACGUGCUAAGCUAACAGAAGGCUGCUCGUUCCGUAGGAAGCCACAGUAAAUGGAUUUCUUCAAGCAAAUACAACAAAUGUCCAACGAGAGCAGGAUUAGUGGCAGCAGAAGCAGCAUCUGUGUUAUCUAAGUAUAGGUAGUUUUAUAAGAACAAUUGUGUUUGAGACACAUCUUGACUACCUAAAUUCAACCCAACACUGGCUAUAAAAUAGAUAAACACAUGUAAUAUAGACGUUUUGUUAUUUUAAUGAUGUAUGCAAUCUCGCGAUCCUUCCUGUUGAUUAAAAUAUUAUAAAAUUGUGGUUGGUACUGUAA